CCCUAUACUAGAGCAUUUCGUGUACACGCGUUUUUUCGCUGGGUGACCGACUAGUCCGUGCACUGCGUGUUUGGGAUUCAACAUGGCGCUCGUUAUGUCGUGUGCUUCACGGUUUGUGUGGGGUUUCCUCCUUGUGGUCGCUGUGUCGUCGCUGGGCGGGGCCGACGAAGCUUGCUACAGCUACGGAGGGGGGCAUGUUUACCCCGGAGAGGGCCUGAGAUCAUCAGAGCAUGCCGUGCACUGGAGCAAAGUGCAAAUUUCCAAGCCUGCACCCACUUUUGAGGGAACAGCCGUUGUCAACGGUGAAUUCAAGGAGUUGAAGCUGACUGACUACAAAGGCAAAUACCUUGUCUUGGUCUUCUAUCCUCUAGAUUUUACGUUUGUCUGCCCGACAGAGAUUAUCGCAUUCAGCGACCGCAUCAGCGAGUUCAAGGAAAUCAACGCAGAGGUAGUCGCUGUGUCCGUAGACUCACAGUUCACUCACUUGGCAUGGAUAAACACUCCCAGGAAGCAGGGCGGCCUUGGACCAAUCCAAAUUCCCCUUUUAUCUGACUUGACUCACCAAAUAUCCAAAGAUUACGGUGUGCUAUUGGAGGAUUUGGGCCAUACACUCAGGGGGCUGUUUAUCAUUGACGGCAACGGCGUUUUACGUCAGAUCACUAUGAACGACUUGCCCGUAGGCCGUUCGGUAGACGAAACUCUCAGGUUGGUGCAGGCGUUCCAAUACACGGACAAAAAUGCAGAAGUCUGUCCGGCUGGUUGGAAACCAGGCAGCGACACUAUCAUUCCCAAUCCAGAGGAUAAACUGAAGUAUUUCAGCAAGCUGCCUGAGAAUGAUGACUAGCUUCAUCAUGUCACCAUCACCCCACUGGAAAAGGCACGGCCAGUGGUGUGGAUGAGCUAAACUUGUCACAAGUCUCCAAAACACUACACCUUUUUGAGUGAACUGGUUUAUGAUUUCAUAAAAGUGCAUUGUUUCUGUUCUUUAGUUUGUGAAUUCUUAGUCUGCAAAGAAUUACUGAAACGUUUGUUGUAGUGGUACAACCUCAAGGAACAUAAAAGUUCUCAAGAAAUUUCAGUUCUGUUUGUAUUGAGAUGGUACAUGUAUUGGCUCUGCAUGAACCAGAGAGGGCGCUUUGUUACCUAUCAGUGGCUUUACUUUGGGUCGACAACCACAUACAGAUAUUUACGCUUCACUGGUUAACGCACUCUACAGCAUUCCUUGUGUUUUUUAAUAAACAUUCGCCAGGGGAGCCAGUUAGACUGUUCCUGCUCCUGCCAUCGCCAUUGCCAUUUCAACUCCAGUAAAAGAGUCAGGAACCAGGCUGUCGACCCACCCUUUGCUGCCGCGAUCUGUGGAGGGGAACUUGGAUAAGUCCGUGGCUUACGCAACACAUUAUGGUGUGACUCGCGCAAUCAUUUUUAUACGGUGGCAUACAUUGUGCAUGUUGUGAAGCUACAACCAUGUUAGGUAAAAUUGGGUGUCUGUCGGCCAAGAAUGCCCAAUCAUGACCAGGACUGCAUGAUCAACUGUCCAGUGAGGGAAUGUCCGAAGUCGGCCGUGUGCACUCACGUAAGACAUGCACAUCGUGCGGCUUUGAAGCUGUGUACAUUGUGUCAUGUGUGUGGUGGCCCAUAUGGCUAGUGGGCAGGACUUCUUGUAUCAAUUCAUUGGGGGGGUUGGCAGUCAAAAAUUUACAAGUUUGAAGUCGCAUACAGAUAAUGGAAGCCAUCACGCUGAGAACUGAUGUGGUUCUUUUCAACCAUUUAGAAUGAUUUUAGUUAAUGAGAUCCUUUUCAUCUAUACCUAUGGUUUUAAUUGUGCAUUCAGUGGCCAGUUCGACAUUGUUAUAGUGAUACAGUUUUCAUGACAAUUAUUGAAAAUUGCUUUCAGUAUUUGUGAUUAUUACAUUUGUCCACUUUUUUUCUUCACUUUUGAAUUUCUGAAAAAUUUCCCUGUAUUUUGAUUCAGUUUCAGGAUUUCUCUUUGUCCUUUAUCUCCUUUAAUUUUUCCAAUAUUUACAUUUCGUUGACUGUUUAUUUUCAAAUGUUGGAGCAGGUUUUUGAUUUAAUAGAUCAUUUUCUUUGAAAAAGUGGCAUCACCGAAUGGAAAAAUCUCGUCAUCCACUGAACAAAGCAUUUGUUCCUUCAAACAGUUCAUAACGGGCUCGACCAAAGAGGCCAAAGUCCACGUGGAAGUCAUUUGUCACAAUCGGUGACUGGCUGUAGCAAAGAGUCCCAAGUUUGACCUCUGGACUGUUUCCUAUCUGAGCAACUGAAAGAGCACUUUCAGUUCGUUACGUCGACACCGUUUAGGAUAAAACUUCUAUUUGGCACAAAAGACUGACAGGUUGUACUUGGUAUUCUCUGUGCAGUAUAUGCCAAGAGCCCUAGAAAUUCAUAGCUAAUAACUCAUGUUAUGUUGGACUCGCUUUGCUGGAUCAAGUCACAUUUGGAUACCCGGCAUUAACUUUGGGUGGAAAACUUUGAGUAUUCUGAACAUAAAUACAUAGUACAUGAAAUGUACAAAUAAUUGAAUGAAUAAUUGAAGAGGCCAUGGUUUUUAUAUUUCAGCCAUAAGCGGUGAUUGUCAAAUAUUUUCUGUGAACUUUGUACUUUGUAGCCAGUGCAGACAGCACUGCGAUGCAAAAAUUAAACGUACUUACUCUUACAAUAUCUGUU